UGUCCUGUCCAAGUUGCCCAAAAGGGCGGAACAAGAAUACAGAAAAAACACACUUGAGGCUGUGUAUCAAAAUCUAAAGAGCCACCUACGUAGACAGCGUACUUAAACAGUACCACUGUAAAACGGUAUACACGCAGUUGUUGUCUGUCAUUUGCAGUAUAAUAACUUAUUUCUAAGUUCAUAUUCCCCUUAAUAAACAAUUUGCUGUCAAACAAAACUGAGGUCCAAAAAUGCUGUGUAAGUAGGCGACUCAAACUGUUUUGGGACACCGCCUCGUUUUCAUGAAUCCCUAUUGGUCAGACUAACGCUUCCACUGCCACAAUACUGCACACACGUGACCCUGCUUUUCUGUACACACACAUUAAAACACACAGCAGGCAGUUAAAAGACAACGCCAUGACGUUUUGACCAACAAUUUUACCCCAGAUUCACACUAAACACCAUGAACCCUUUCCGUUGACCAGCACGCACUGUUUACACGUAAUGGCGAGCGCGCUGCAGAUGAAACACUCCAGCCUGGAGCACACGCGGAAGCGCGUGAUAGAUCCACGGAGGAGGCAAGCUGCACUCUCAUUCCUCAGCAACAUCUCUCUGGACGGACGACCCGUGCAGGACGACGGGGAUCAGCAGACGGACCAGGAUGACAGCUCGGUUUUGGAGACGAGGACUAGACAGAGCCUGGUUUCUGCAGUGGGCCAGCAGCAGCACGCAUUGGCCGCAGCAGCGAACCAGGCUCUCAGCAGUGCCCGUACUGCGGGCUUUAUGGUUGGGAUCACGGGUCUCAGUUCGACCGCCGCUGCUGCUCCUCCUCCAGCGUGCAGUGCUGAUGUGGAGGGGGACGCAUGCAGUGCUCAGGUCAUCCAGUCUGUGCUCCCCUUCAGCUCCCCUUUUUCUGCAGUGCCACCGGCUACAAGAGGGAGACUCCAGACAUACACUCAGGGAAUCCUGCCUGUUUCUUACUCCAGGCAGUCCGGCCAGAACUACUGCUGUUUGGAGGGGGGGCAGAUAGCCAACUCUGCCCUGGAGCUCCAGAGAUCCAGACGGAGACUGAUAUCCCAGCGGUCUUCGCUGGAAACUCUGGAGGAUAUUGAGGAAAAUGCUCCACUACGCAGAUGCCGAACUUUAUCUGGUUCACCCCGACCAAAGAGUUUCAAAAAGAUCCACUUUAUCAAAAACAUAAGGCAACAUGAUAUGCGCAAUGGAAGGAUAGUCCUUAUCAGUGGCAGAAGAUCCUUCUAUAGUGUUUUUUCUGUCCUGCCCUAUCGAGAUUGUAGCCAAACAGGGCAGAGCUCUGAGGUGUUUUCUUGCCCCGGCAGGGAUGUGAAGGCAGAAAGCGGACGCCAGCGACACCCAUCAGGAGGCAUGAGUGCCAAGGAGAUGGUGAUCGGCCUAGAGGGUGUUGAAUUGGGUGCAGAUGGCAAGACUGUUUCAUACACACAGUUCCUUUAUCCAACCAAUGUCCUGGGUCGUCGAAACACCAUCGACUCCACCUCGUCGUUCUCACAGUCCCGUAAUGCCAGUCACCGAAGCCUCAUUUUGGCACGUGCCAACAGUACCCAGAGUAGCCUUGAUACAGGGAAUGAAUUGGGAGAUUUCAGGGAGUACGACCCAAAUCUUCUGGAUGACCCACAAUGGCCAUGUGGGAAGCACAAAAGAGUGCUUAUCUUUCCCUCAUACAUGACCACAGUCAUUGAGUACGUCAAGCCAUCUGACCUUAAGAAGGACAUGAAUGAGACCUUUAAGGAAAAGUUCCCUCACAUUCGUCUUACGCUGAGCAAGAUAAGGAGUCUGAAACGGGAGAUCCGUAAACUAGCUCAGGGGGAAUGUGGAUACGAGGAGUCCACGGUGGCCAUGGCUUUCGUUUACUUCGAGAAGCUGGUGCUGCAGGGUAAACUCCACAAACAGAACCGAAAACUCUGCGCCGGAGCCUGCGUCCUGCUGGCGGCCAAGAUCAGCGGAGACUUGAAGAAACACGAAGUCAAGAUUCUCAUUGAUAAACUGGAGGAGAGGUUUCGGGUGAACCGACGUGAGCUGAUCGCCUUUGAGUUCCCCGUUCUGGUGGCCCUGGAGUUCAACCUGCACCUCCCAGAGCACGAGGUCAUGCCCCAUUAUAGACGCCUCCUGCAAAACUCCUAGCGACAGCCCUCCAUCAGGGGAAUCCUCCUCUCCUGAUUUUUCCAUCCCAAGAUCUCCUCCGCCCUAUGCACGUCGCCAACGUUCACAAUCGUAUGCAGAUGUUGGAAUGAAGACACUCACAAGACAUCUAUUUAGCCAAAGUGACAACUUUAUAUUGAAAGUUCACCAAGUUCAUUUGAGAUGUUUGAUUACAGGGUUGUUAUGUCAUAUGCCCACAUGGCAUACAAAAAUGGUGUUUUUCCGAAAUGUAAAAAGGAGUGUUUUAGAAAGCUCUUCACGUUGACCUUUACCUAUAGAUACUUGAUAGAGACCACAGAUGUCAGCUUCCAAAAAAUGUGACUUCUAAAGAUGUAGGGUUACAUAUUUAUAGUUGUAUGGAAACAGCUGUGUAGCUGCUUUAGAUUAUUUAAAAAUCUUUUUACACCAGUUUGGAAAGAGGGAGAAAACAUUUCAUGUCAUUCACAAAACUGGCCAUUUUUAUUCAGAAAUAUUUUAGUCUGUUUGAGUUUGCAUUCUUUCCAUUGAGUACAGUAUUCCUGUAUUUUCCUGAUCGCACCGUAAGACACUUUUUCAAGUCGCACUGCACUUGAUCUCUUGAUUGAAAGCCUUAAAAAAAAAGAGUCAAAUGAUCCCUUUCUUUUAUGUACUACAAGUGCACUUUUGGGUAUGUCAGACCUGGACGGCACCUACAGAAGCUUUAGGUGGAGCGGUCUUCAUCUCAUUCCUUUAUUUACAUUAAUUUUAACCAGCAUUCCACCAAGCGAAAACGUGUUGUAGAUGGUGACAGCAGCAUCUUGGGUGGGAAUUUAUACAGUUUCUUAAGGGGCACAUUUACGUUGCCCUUAUGUUUUUCUACUCUUGUAGUGGUGUGGCUUGCUGCACUCAUGGUUCAUGUGUUGGUGCUCUACGUUAGAGUGAUUUCUGAGCACAUUUAUAGUGCUGCCCUAGAUGAAGCAACACCAGGUCAUACCGCUGAAUAUCAACUUUAACUGUGUUGCCUAAUAUGCUAUGGUGUUGAUUAAUGCAUGCACACCAAAGCAGUGUUAAGAACUACGUCAAAUUUGCUUUUGACUUCUUGAAAAUUUGUUUGGUUUGAUGAUUAUUUCGAAUCCGUUUUGUUUGACUUUUGUAUCACGGUUGGUGGUACUGAUUUUUGUUUAAGCUGGAUUUGUCUGUGUUACUACAUUCAUCUGUUUGUCUUGAAGUAUGUGUAGUGUGUUAUGUUCACUAUGCACUACUCAGUUCCAUGAAUCAGUUACGAACAACAGUUCAAUAUAAACCACUUCUGGGUUACUUAAUGGCAAAAGUAAAUACAUUUGCAUUUUACCUGCAUUAUAGGAUGAAUAUUGCCUAGAAUGUAACAGAAGUUAUUGCGAAUAAGAUUUGGCCUUUGAAAUGCACUUUAGGAUUUGUAAGCAAGUAACUGGGAUGCCCGAAACCGAUGAAACGUUUGUAACAUGCAGAAACAUAUAUAUGUAAAUAUGCUGCUUUGCUUGUUCAAUUAUAAAGCAAAAUUUUGA